AUGGCGCCUCAAAGGGUCAAGGUAGCCAGCAGCGAUGCUGCGCCCAAGCCUGGGCAGCACAAGGCUUUCGAUUUUGCCGGCGAGGGUGACGACAAGGUGCAAGUGUGAGUCAAAAGUUGCGCAGUCAGCCAAUUGCUGGGGUGGUGGUGUGGUGUGGUGUGGUGAGGACCCUUGGCCAAGUCGCCCAGCCAGUAUUGUUUCGCUCCUCACGCGCUGACUAAUCCGCCGUCGAUGAUUGGCCUCGUCUCGUCUCGUCUCGUCUCGCAUCGCCUCGACUCGCGCCCUUAGACUCGUCACCAACGUAGGGGGCAAGCUGAGAGCGCUGUCGAACAAGUGCACCCACUAUGGCGCUCCCAUGUCGAAUGGCGUCAUGAGCAAAGACGGAUGCUUGACUUGCCCAUGGCACGGCGCCAGGUUCGGCGCGGAUGGAGACAUCGAAGAGGCGUGAGUGCGCAAGACGGGCUGCGCGAAACAUGGAGCGUACGCGCAGCUGAUCAGCGCGAAAGCGUCGCUCUCUCCACGCGCGCGCGCGCAUACAUGCAGCCCUGGACUGGACUCUCUCGUGCAGUUCAAGAUCGAGCAGGAUGGCAAUGGAGAUGUGUAUGUGACAGCAGAUGUAGCGCAGCUCAAGGGCAAGCCUGGCGUACCUCCCGAGUUUGUGGGCAAGGAGGGAGCGCAAGAUGGAGCUGGCGUGGUGAUCGUGGGCGGAGGAGCAGCAGCGAUCCAUCUGGUGGAAAGCGCACGCAAGAACGGCUACACUGGACCCCUCACCAUCCUCUCGGCUGAGCCGUAUGCUCCAAUCGACCGAACAAAGCUCUCCAAGGCUCUUAUGGCCGAUGUGGGCGCGGUGGAGUGGCGCAAGCCUGCACAUCUGGAGCGAGUCCUCAAGGUCAGCCUGCGCACCAGCACAGAGGUGACGGGUGUUGAUGUUGAUGGGAAAAAGGUGAAGCUGAGCAACGGCGAGACUGUGCCUUUUGACAAGCUGGUAUUGGCUACGGGUGGUAGUGAGUCUGAUGCGCAGCGCUCGUGUGGGUCACUUUGCACACCGCUGACUAUAGCGCUACCCGCAGCCCCCAAGCGCUUGCCAGUGCCCGGAGCAAAGGAGGGCGAGCUUGCAAAUGUAUUUACGUUGCGCAGCAUCCAGGACACCAAGCCCAUCAAUGAUACCGGCAUCGAGGGCAAAGACGUGGUGGUCAUUGGCUCCUCCUUCAUCGGCCUAGAGUCCGCCGUCGCUUUUGCGGGCAAAAAGGCAAAGAGCGUCAAUGUGGUGGGCAUGGAGAGCGUGCCAUUGGAAAACGUGCUGGGCAAGGAGGUAGGAGAGGGUCUUCAGACCGCGCUAGCCAAGAAGCAGAACCUCAUCUUUCACAUGAAAGCUGGCGUGAGCAAGUUGCAGGGCAAGGAUGGCAAGGUGGCGAGCGUGAUCAUCAAGGAUUCUUCAGGACAGGAAAAGUCUUUGCCUGCUCAGAUCGUCUUGCUUGGCGUGGGCGUAGCACCUGCUACGCACUUCCUCAAGCCCGAAUCGUCUCCUGGCUUCCCCCAGCUCGGCAAGGACGGCAGUGUGGCUGUGGGGUCAGACUUUGCCGUCAAGGGUCUUGAAGGCAAGGGAAUCUACGCAGCUGGAGAUAUUGCCAGGACACCGGAGCGGACGAAUGGUGGAGAAGUGCGCAUCGAGCACUGGGACGUGGCAGGCAAUCAUGGCGAGUGGCGGCGCGCGCAAUCCGAGCUGCGCCGAUGCCAUCACGCUGAACAAGAACUUUUUUGCCUUUCUCGCAGGCCGUUUCCUUGGCCAGCUCUUUUCUGGAAGCGCCAAGCCGGGCAAAUUCGACAAGAUUCCAAUCUUUUGGUCGGCAUUGGGCGCGCAACUACGCUACUGCAGCGAUGGAAACACGCCCUCUUUCGAUUCGGUCCACGUCGAUGGCAAUGUGGCGGAGAACUCGUUCGUUGCGACGUACGCGCGCGGUGAUUCUGUCGUGGCGAUCGCUACGAUGGGCAGGGAUCCAGUCAUGGUGCAAUCUGCCGAGCUGCUGAAAAUCGGAAAGAUGCCGUCCUUUUCGGAUGUCAAGAGUGGCAAGGUGAGUGUGUGCGCGCGAACGUCGCGACGAGGUGGAGGACAGGUGCGACAAGGUCAAGUACACGUAGCGACGACUGGGCUGAUGCCUUGCUCAACACACGAUCCUGCAUCACAGGACCUUUUGAGCAUCAGUCUGUCCUGA